AGUUUCGUCUCGAUUUGAAGGUGUUGUGCGGAUUGUGCGUGGCCUGGUGAAAAGAUGGCAACAAUUGGAGCGGAUCGAGAGGAGCAUUUAAAGCAAGCGCGUGUUCCACGCCAACGCAAAGACUUCAACCUGGCCGGAAGCGGAAGUGUCAAAUCCAACGGCAACAACAACAAUAACAGCAACCACAACAACCUUUAUAAGACUGAGCAACGGCCGUCCAAAAAGGCAGCACAAAAAAUGGCAUCUACUGGCGAAAUUUGGCUGCAAUGGUUCUCAUGCUGUUUCCAACAGCAGCGCUCCCCCUCUCGCCGACCUCAUCAGCGCCUGCGAAUCGAUCGCUCAAUGAUCGGGAAUCCUACGAAUUUCGUGCACACCGGACACAUUGGAUCCGCCGAUGUGGAGCUGUCCGCCAAUCGGCUGAACGCGAUCUCAACUCAAAUGCAGAGCAAGGGCGGCUAUGAGACAAACUCGAUACAUUCGCUGCACGCCUGCUGAUGGAAAACCCCCACAACCAACGGCUAUUAAAAGCAUUUUGUGCAAUUUUCUUCAAAACAACAAGCGAAGUCGAAGAAGAAGAAAAAUAUAAUAACUAUAAAAGAAACACAGCAAUCUUGUAUUUAAAUAAUUGUUUGUUAAACGCGAGUCUGUUAUCAGGCAGCGAUGGUGACUAAUCGAAGGAGGAGAUGGAGGAGCCAACUGCGUGGUUGCUGACGACGGAAAUAGGUUCCACACACCAAGAACAACAACAAGAAGACGAAUGAGAAGCAUGUGGAAUAUGAGAACUGACAAUGGACUCCAUAAUGUACCAGCUACUAUUUACAUAAAGAUCAGGCGAAUUAGCUAUAAGUCGGUACUCUAAACCGAGAACUGUGUAGACAUAAGAACUGUGUAUGCCCUUUUUGUGAGUAUUAUAUUGAUGAAAAAUCACAAAAAAUGUAAAUUUAUAGUCUAAAAACAGUUCAGAGUGAAUCCAAGGUUGGUUUUUUUUCGGUAAUACAUAUUGUACUUAAUGCCAAAACCAGAUCAGUUAAGAUCAUUGUGCAGUUUUUUUUCCUAUAGAGCAUGCGACAUGCAAACAAAAUAUGAAUAAAUGUAACAUCAUUUUCCAUUGUAAAACCCAGAGAACACAACUGCCUUAUUUCGAAUUGCGUAAUGCCACACUGAUCGAGAUGGUAGAUAUAUAUAUAUAUAUAUAUAUGUAUAUGAUGUAUAUGUAUAAUUAAUAGCUAUCUGUAGUAUAUAUCAACUGUUGUGCUCGUUGACUAAGCAAAAAGCAAUUUUACAGAGCUGAUUUAGCAUUUAUAUAAUGUUCAAAACUUUAAAUAAAAAGUAAUAUAAUAAUAUUAAAUUGUCGCACAAUCAAUUUUCCAAAAAGCAGAAAAUAAACAAAAACAAAAUGUAUAAUUUAUGAUAUUUAUAAAACUCGAAUAUUUGUUUACAAAUCAGAAUGAAAGAUAUUGUAACUACUUUUUUAGAGUUAUAUUUACAUAUAUACAAGAAUAUUUAUAAAACCGAUUCAACCAAUGCAGAAUAUAGUAUAGAACGUGUACCUAUAUAGAGAGAGAUCCCCUUUAAACAUUCAUUACAAAUCCACUGCAGUUGUAGAUAUAUAGUAUAUAACUAAGUAAACAAAAAAAAAAAAAAAAAAAAA